UUUAGCAUUUUGUAGUUCCGGUCACGGUACGCCAUUUCCUGUAAAACUGAAACACGAGCCUAAAAUUGAAAAAAAAAAAAACUAGUAUUAAAGUAGUAAGGAUGCUUCAAAGACUGUAAACUUAGUUUAAAACUUUGCCGUUUUCCACCAUAACCUGGGAACCGGCUUGUUGGUUGUCUGGUGAGCUCGGAAAAAGACCAAUAAUGCUUGCAAGCGUUACCAGUAAUAACUAAUGUAGUAUGUCAGAAACUGUAUUAACGAGUGGCUAAUGCUUGCUCAGUUACCUGCUAGCUAAGAACGUUAAUGUUCGUUUUACAAAAAUGUGCGUCGCUUCAGCGCCAGCUAGGUUUAUUUAACUGGAAAGUUUUAACUUCAGCUAAUAGUAUCUGUUGCCUUGUAAAGUCCAAGUCGCAGCUAAGUGAGAAAAAAGAAACUAAACCUGCCAUUCCAUGAUCUAUCAAGUGAAGUGCACAAUUAUACGUAAUUCGCCGACAGGGACAUUACGUCUUGUAUCGUGUCUAUUUAUUCUCAUCCACAAGCCAUGAGUAAUGUGCAAUGGACACAGAUAAACGCAAAUUCAGUUCAAACGAAAGCCUGAAAAGUUCAGCACCAAGUUUUUCUCCCAUAUUCGGUACUUGCACAGAUAUCUGGCACAGCACCCCAGUUAAAAAGCAGAACCAUGUCAGAGCCCCUGCAGAGCCCUCCCCUCCGUCGGCCCGGCUCAGCACCGGGCACGGGACGUCCCGCAGCCUCCGCGUCUCCCCCGAGCACAGCGCCAUCUACAGGCCACAGCGCCAGAAGGUGACGACGGGAGUAGCGGUAACGCCAGGAGCGGCGGUGAAGGCGGGCGGCUCAGUGACGCCGGUAACAGGGAAUGGGUCCAUGAUGGCGGGAGCGGCGAGCGGCACCGUAACGGCGAGCGAGGCAAUCGCCGCGGUAACGGAGAGUGCCGUGCUGCAGAAACAGAGGCGGGAGCUGCAGCUGCUGAUGGCCGAGCUGAAGGACCGGGACCAGGAGCUGAACGCCAUGGUGACCGCCCACCACAAGCAGCUCCAGGCCUGGGAGCAGGACCGCCAGAGGGUGCUGACCCUGGAGCAGAGGAGCGCGCGGCUGGAGGGCGAGCUGCAGAAGCGGAAGGAGGUGAUCCAGGCCCUGACCAAGCAGCUGCGCAUCGCGGAAGCGCGCCAGCAGGACGACCGCGCGGAGCUCAGCGCCACACAGCUGCAGCUGCAGCAGCUCAGCCAGCAGCACCUGCAGUCCAGCAGCCAGUGCCAGGAGCUGGAGGAGAGAAACCAGAGCCUGAACGCCACCAUCCUGGAGCUGUCCUCUCAGGUGGGCAGGCUGCAGGCGCACGAGGAGGAGCUCACCGCCAUGCUCAGCCUGAAGGAUAAGGACGUGACGAAGGCCACCGACCUGAUCGUGGAGCUGUCGGGCCGCUUCCAGAGGCUGGAGGAGGCGCUGAAGGAGCAGCGGUCGCGGGAGGCCCGGGCGCUGAAGGAGGCCCAGGAGCUGAACCGCCGCUGCCGGGAGGCCCGGGCGGAGAGCGGCCAGCUCAGAGAGGAACUGGGGGAGAAGACUGAGGACAUCAUCCGGCUGAAACAGGAGAACCAGAGACUGCAGCGGGAGCUGGCUGCAUCAGGGGAAGAUGAAAGCCGGAAGGAUGAGCUGCUCCAGCUGGCCCGGUCCAAACAGGACCGCACUGAGUCCGAACUCCAGUGCCUACGCCAGGUGUGUGAGAACCAGCAGAACGACCUGCAGCUUCUGCAGCUCAACCUGGAGAGCGCACAGGAGACACUGCUGCAGCGCGGGAGCCGGGCGUCGCCGGGGAGUCAGGGGGACCUGACCUCCCUGCUCCUGGACUGUCCCGCCCUAUCACCCAGGAGUGGGAGGAGCCCCAGGCUCACGGAUGGCCCCUCCCCAUACAGGGCCUCCCCCCGUAUCGUCGCUAACGGAGACCUGGGACCCCACCCACGGUCCCCGGACAGUCAGACUCUUGAUGGGCGGCUCUCCCCGACGAGCUGUCUGCAGCGCCUGCUGGCCAAGUCUCAGGAGAUGGUGGCCAGCCUGGAGCUCGGCUCCGCCCACAUCCUCUCGGCUGACCAUUCGGCACGCAGCCCCUCCUGUGGCUCCGCCCCCGGGCGGGGCGGGCGCGAGGCCGCCCAGGUUGGCACUGCCUGUGUAGAUGCUAAUGCCCAUUCACAUCCAGUUCUGAACCAUUGGGAUGCAGGAGGAAGCCAUUUUGUUGGCGGUGCCAAUAAGACGGUGUGAUCCAAAGAUGUCCGUUCUCCCGCGGCGGCACAGGUACCUCAGACUGGCGGAGCCAAUGGGGAGGAUCCACACGGGCGAGGACCUGGUCCCCAUGGAGGUUCUGUAGAGGGGGACCCAGUGUGGGGCGGCGCGGGGCAGGGCGGGACACCUGCGGACUAUCACAGGGGAGCAGCCGACCGAACCCAAAACCGCCCUGCCCUGUCCUGUCCUGCCAGCAACAGUGGCCAUUCUCUGCACUUAUACAGUAUGGGCAGCCUGAAAACCAAAGAGCACAUUUGGCAGUGAUGUCAGAGUUGCUAAGGCAAUGCAAAAGUCAUUUUAAACAUGCGUUUGUGCUCACACAGAACUGGGCAAAUUUCUUAAGCCAGGAACUAGUCUUUGUGGGGGGGGGGGGGGG